AUGGCCGCCGUUUCCUCUAACCCUCGCACCGUCGAAGAGAUCUUCAAGGAUUAUACCGCUCGUCGCUCCGCUCUUCUUCGCGCUCUCACUAAAGAUGUUGAUGAUUUCUACUCUCAAUGCGAUCCGGAGAAGGAGAAUUUGUGUUUGUACGGACACCCAAAUGAGUCGUGGGAAGUGAAUCUACCAGCGGAGGAAGUUCCUCCGGAGCUUCCCGAGCCUGCGCUUGGUAUCAAUUUCGCUAGAGAUGGUAUGCAGAGGAAAGAUUGGCUCUCUCUGGUUGCUGUUCACAGUGAUUGUUGGUUGCUCUCUGUUUCUUUCUACUUUGGUGCUCGCCUUAAUCGCAAUGAAAGGAAGCGGCUAUUCAGUCUUAUCAACGAUCUUCCGACUCUUUUCGAUGUAGUGACUGGUAGGAAACCCAUCAAAGAUAACAAGCCAAGCUCUGAUUCCGGAAGCAAAUCUAGAAACGGCACUAAGAGAUCAGUGGAAGGGCAGACAAAGAGCACAACACCAAAACUGAUGGAAGAGAGCUAUGAAGAGGAAGAAGAAGAAGACGAGCAUGGAGACACUCUCUGUGGAACCUGUGCAGGCAACUACACAACUGAUGAGUUCUGGAUUUGCUGCGAUGUAUGUGAACGUUGGUAUCACGGGAAAUGCGUGAAGAUCACACCGGCCAAAGCAGAGAGCAUCAAGCAGUAUAAAUGCCCGUCUUGCUGUGCAAAGAAAGGAAGACAGUGA